UGUGUUGUUGUUUGUGUUAGCGUCCUUUUUAUUUACCAUCCCCUCCUGAAACCCCUACAUCAACUCUUAAAAAAAUAAAAGGUAACUUUUUAUUCAAAGACAUGAUAUAAAUUAAUCAUAUUUAUUUUAAAAAUUGUGGGUACCACUAAUGUAGAAUUUAGUCCUGUAAAAUCGGUAUUAAAACCAACAAAAAUUUAUAGUAGAAAACGGAUAUUCAGAGUUAUGGAAAAUGAUACAGAAUUAAAUGUUAUCCAAUAACCUGAAAAUCCUUCAACUCCAAAUAUUUCAAUGGCAUCCUCCAUGCUGAAUUAUGAUACAAUAAUGGCAGCAGAAUAUCAGAAAAAUUCUUCUCAAAAGAAGUAAGUGUAAAACAUAUUAAUGGCAGGGGUAGAUUGUAGACACCUGUAUGUUUUUAUGAUUUGUCUCAUUUUUCAUUUUUUUUUAUUUUUAUUUUUGAAACCUUAAACCAUAUUAUAUAACAACUUUUUUGUUUACAUUCUUAAAAAUAUUUGUAUGUUAAGAAAAGUUUUUUCAUAAAAAUCAUGUAAAUUAAAUUUAGAGCCAUAGAUUAGUUAAAUUUGUCAGUUGAUCAACUAUAAUUAUCACAUAAUAUUUUUGCUUCAUUUAAAAAUUUCUUACUAAAUAUUUGUUAAUUUAAACCUUAUUUUCAGGUCCAAGGAGAGCAACCGGGGUAAAUAAGAAAUAAGUUGAGUUGAAGUGCACAAUACAAAAAAUUACGAGAGCAGCUAAGAGGGUACACAAAAAAACAUUUAGAAACAAAACAAAAAUUGAAACUUAUAAUGGCAAAUAUAAACCUCACAAAUGUUUUGAAGGAUGUUAAUGACACCAAUGUAAGUUUUAUUGAGAAUCAGAUUAGUAACCAAAAAUUGAAACCUAGAGAGAGGCGAUUUACUAUGGAAGAUAAAAUUUUUGCUUUGUCUGCAUUUAAGCAGAGUGGAAAAGUGUACAGGUUCCUUUCCAAAAUUUUUGGUUUACCUAGCCGCAAGAUUCUCUCCAAUCUUUUAAGCCAAAUUCUAUUCCAUUGUGGAAUUAAUGACAAGUUUUUUAAACAUUUAAAGAGUGUGGUGGGUAAAAUGAAAAAAAAUUGGUACUUACUGUGUCUUAAUGUUCGACGAAAUUUUUUUGAGUUGUUGCAUUUCAUUCAAUCCCAACAAAGAUUUUGUAGAAGGUUUUGUUGAUUUUGGAGCCAAUGAUAGGCGAGCAAACUUUGCUGAUAACGCUCUAGUUUUCAUUCUGAAAGGUGUUCACAAAAGUUGGAAACAACCCAUUUGUUUUUAUUUUUGUGAACGUACUACUUCAACAGUAUACUUAGUGAGGGUUUUAAAAGAAGCAAUAAGACAUGUUCGUUUAUCAAGUUUGAAAAUUGUCGCUACAGUAUGUGAUCGAGGAGCAACAUAUAAUGCUGCCAUUAAUGUUUUAUUAAAUGAGACGAAUACUUAUUGUAUAGAAGAAAAUAUUGAAAACAAAUUUCAAGGCUAUUUAAUUAAUGGCAAAGAAAUCGUUCAUUUGUUUGAUCCUCCCUAUUUGCUAAAAGGUAUCCGAAAUUCUUUAUUAAAUAAAUUAUUAUAUUUUAAGCAAGAUGGAUUCGUUAGACCCAGGUCGUUUAACCAAGACCCUCUUGAAAACUUCUUCGGUCAAAUAAGAAGUCAUGGAGUGAGAAAUGUCAAUCCAAUGUGCAUCUCCUUUAUCUCCUCAACUAAAGCUUUAACAGUAAAUUUUAUGUCAUCACACUUCCCAAGUUUUAACUGUGGGGAGGAUUUAUCGACUGGGGCAUUGGAUAGUUUAAAAGACCUCAUUGCACAAGAAGACACUAGUGACUCAAACAGCGAAAUUGAUCUUGUUUCAGAAUACACACUCUUCACAUCAUCCAUCAACGAAAUUGAGAAGUUUUAUAAAUCCAUUUUGGAGCAAGUGUCAACUGAAGAUAAUGAACUGUUCAUUCCCAUUCAAUCUGACAAAACAUUCACACCUAUUUCUACAGAUGAAAUAGAUGAAGCUAAGAAAAAUUGGCCUCACAAUAAGCAAAUCGCCUACAGUCGCAUGCGUCAUCUCGCAAGUGCGGUGAUCGACGCAAAUGUCAGUUCUGUUCCAGGGCCUUCCCCACCUAUGUUCAAGCGAGACAGCAUGAACACAGGACUCACCCGCAGCCUCCAGCCGAAAGCGUAG